GGGAGUUGGAGGGCUGAGGUCGGGAGGGUGGUGUGUACAGAGCUCUAGGACUCACGCACCAGGCCAGUCGCGGGUUUUGGGCCGAGGCCUGGGUUACGAGCAGCAAGUGCGCGGCUGGGGCCACUGCGAGGCCUUUUUAGAAAACUGUUUAAAACAAAGAGCAAUUGAUGGAUAAAUCAGGAAUAGAUUCUCUUGACCAUGUGACAUCUGAUGCUGUGGAACUUGCAAAUCGAAGAGAUAACUCUUCUGAUAGCAGCUUAUUUAAAACUCAGUGUAUCCCUUACUCACCUAAAGGGGAGAAAAGAAACCCCAUUCGAAAAUUUGUUCAUACACCUGAAAGUGUUCACGCAAGUGAUUCAAGUGACUCAUCUUUUGAACCAAUACCAUUGACUAUAAAAGCUAUUUUUGAAAGAUUCAAGAACAGGAAAAAGAGAUAUAAAAAAAAGAAAAAGAGGAGGUACCAGCCAACAGGAAGACCACGGGGAAGACCAGAAGGAAGGAGAAAUCCUAUAUACUCACUAAUAGAUAAGAAGAAACAAUUUAGAAGCAGAGGAUCUGGCUUCCCAUUUUUAGAAUCAGAGAAUGAAAAAAACGCACCUUGGAGAAAAAUUUUAACGUUUGAGCAAGCUGUUGCAAGAGGAUUUUUUAACUAUAUUGAAAAACUGAAGUAUGAACACCACCUGAAAGAAUCAUUGAAGCAAAUGAAUGUUGGUGAAGAUUUAGAAAAUGAAGAUUUUGAUAGUCGUAGAUACAAAUUUUUGGAUGAUGAUGGAUCCAUUUCUCCUAUUGAGGAGUCAACAGCAGAGGAUGAGGAUGCAACACAUCUUGAAGAUAACGAAUGUGAUAUCAAAUUGGCAGGGGAUAGUUUCAUAGUAAGUUCUGAAUUCCCUGUAAGACUGAGUGUAUACUUAGAAGAAGAGGAUAUUACUGAAGAAGCUGCUUUGUCUAAAAAGAGAGCUACAAAAGCCAAAAAUACUGGACAGAGAGGCCUGAAAAUGUGACAGGAUCAUGAAUGUCAAAGGUGAAGCAUAUAGAAAAAACGACUUCAUAGAAAUGAAUAAAGAUAAAUGUGGAUAUAUGUACCAGUCUGGUGGUGAAGAAAUUCUGAAACCCAGAACUUUAUAACAAGAAAAAAAUUUUUUAACCCUGUGAAGAAGUUUGUGAAAGAAACUUGUGAAGUAGUAAUAAUUAGAAAAAAAACCAUUAAAACACCAGAGAAAAUACAUAGAAAAAUUUGAGAAAUUGUCAUUUGAUUUCUGAAUAAGAGCUUACAGGUGUCCUGUGAGUAUUGAAACAAUGAAAUGUAGUGAUUUUAAUUUUGAAAAGAAAAUCUUAAGGAAAGUAACUUGACACCCAACCAUCUUGAAGAGGGUAUUUGAAAUGCUGUAAUUUUAUCCCAGCUUUGUUCAGCCAUGACAAAAGUGACCUGUCAGAUGCUUAGUAUUGUAAUAACCUCAUUUCCCUUUCCAAAUUUAGAGUAUCUUUAAUACUAUUUUUUUUAGACAGAGUCUCAAUCUGUCACCCAGGCUGUAGUGCAAUGGCUGCAGUCUUGGCUUACUGCAACCUCCAUCUCCCGGGUUCAAGCGAUUCUGCCUCAGCCUCCUUAGUAGCUGGGAUUACAGGCGUUAGCCAGCACACCCAGCUAGUUUUUGUAUUUUUAGUAGAGACAGGCUUUCACCAUGGUCUCGAACUCCUGACCUCAGGCGAUCCGCCUGCCUUGGCCUCCCAAAAUGCUGGGAUUAUAGGCGUGAGCCAUGGCACCUGGCCUAAUACUACUUUUAACUACCAUUUUCACUUUUUAUUAGUUCAAGAAAAGGCAUACACAUUUAUUCAACAUGUAUACAUGGGGAGAACCAGUCAUUACCCUGAUGUUCAUUAUUUUGAUCACCACGAUAGAGCUGACUACUCUGCUAUGUAGUGCAUUUUGGGACUGCACUUAUGUAUGUUUUUGUUUAACGUGGACAAAGACUUAUAGAUAGGUGCAAAAAAUAAAUCCUCUUUUGCAACCCAGAACUCAUUGUUCAGUAUGAGUUUUGAUACAUAUAAGAAGGGAUAUUAUGAUACCUGAGACAGUUGAUUGAUGGGAGUAUUGAUAGCCAUAAAGGUUGGUUCCCGGCCAGGUGCAAUGCGUCAAGCCUGCAAUCCCCACACCAAGGUGGGAGUAUUGCUUGAAACCAGGAGUUCAAGACCAGCCUAGGCAAGAAAGUAAGAAACACCUCAUCUCCACAAAAAUUUAAAAAUUAGCUGGGUACUGGGGCAUGUGCCUGUAGUUGGAGUUACUCAGAAAGGGGGGAGGCUGAGGCAGAGUUGGAGGCUGCACUGAGCUUUGAUGGCACCACUGUACUCCAGCCUGAGUAACACAGACAGACCCUGUCUCUUAAGAAAAAAAGGUUGAUUCUAGGCCUGUAGAAUAGAUAAACAGCAUGGGAUAUGAGGGAAAUCCUCAGCAGUAUUAAUUUUGCAUUCCAAUUUCAUGUUGACGAUAUACACAAUGGCUUUUUGUUUUAAAGGCUUUUAUCUUGAGAACAUGGUGUCUGGAGUUAAAGAUAAUCUACUUUUUUACCUUAGGUAUUGGCAUACUCCACACAUCUGUACCAUUCUUGAGUGAUCGCUUAGGAAUGAAUGUGAUUUGAACUCAUUCAUGUUGAGAGGUGUCAAAUUGAGAACCAGGCAGAUCCCCACCACCUACAGUAAAAAGGACCCUAAAGUAAAUUGGUUGAAGAAAUUAGAUCCCAAAGAUUCUUGGUGAAUUUUGAAGUCUUCAUCAGUAUAUCCAUAUUAAAACGAGAUGACAGAAGCCAAAGUAAUUAUGGGCUGACAGGACAACUGGAUCAGUUUCAUUAAAAAGGGCAAACUUGAAGAUAAAUCUUUUGACUCCAGCUCUUUAGAGGAUCUAAAGUGACCUUGAUGGACAGUGGAAGAAAUCACAACAUGGAAUUCCUCGAAUAACAAUUUAUUGACUUUAAAUAAUUUUGUCUAAUGCUACAUAUACACAAUUAAAAAACCUUUACACUAUUUCUAGAAAGUCAGCAUGUAUUUUUGGCUCGAAGUUUCUCUAGUGUUUUCUGUGGAAGGAAUAAAAAUUUGAGUUUCA